AUGUCUGACAUCUCUGUGCAAUUGACUGCCCCCAACGGGCGCACUUACACCCAGCCCAUCGGCCUCUUCAUUAACAAUGAAUUUGUGCCAUCCAAGUCUGGCGAGAAGAUCACUUCAAUCAACCCUUCGGACGAGGCGGAGAUCGCGUCCGUUUAUGCCGCUGGUGAGGAGGAUGUUGAUAUCGCUGUCAAGGCCGCACGCAAGGCCCUGAAGGACCCGUCCUGGAAGGGACUGUCCGCUACCGACCGUGGUAAUUUGAUGUUGAAGUUUGCCGACUUGAUUGAGAAGCACCAGGAGACCCUCGCCACCAUUGAGACCUGGGACAACGGCAAGCCUUACUCUGUUUCCCUCAACGAUGAUCUCGGUGAAGUCCUCAGUUCUCUCCGUUACUACGCCGGCUGGGCCGACAAGGUGACUGGCCAGACUAUUAACACCACCCCCCAAAAGUUCGCCUACACUCUGCGCCAGCCCAUUGGUGUGGUUGGCCAGAUCAUCCCCUGGAACUUCCCUCUGGCUAUGGCUGCCUGGAAGCUUGGCCCUGCCCUCGCAUGUGGUAACACCAUUGUUAUGAAGGCUGCCGAGCAGACUCCUCUUAGCAUUCUUUACCUGGCUAGUCUGAUCAAGGAGGCUGGUUUCCCUCCCGGUGUCAUUAACAUCAUUAACGGUCACGGCCGUGUGGCCGGUGCUGCGCUGGUGAAGCACACCGAUGUUGACAAGGUUGCUUUCACUGGCUCCACUGUCACUGGUCGUGAGAUUAUGAAGAUGGCUGCUGGCACCCUUAAGAACAUCACCCUCGAGACCGGAGGCAAGUCUCCACUGGUUGUGUUUGAGGAUGCCGACCUUGAGCAGGCUGCUAAGUGGGCCCACAUUGGUAUCAUGUACAACCAGGGCCAGGUCUGCACUUCUACCUCCCGCAUCUUGGUUCACGACUCUGUGUACGAUAAGUUCGUCUCUCUCUUCAAGGAAGUCACAGCCACCACUAGCAAGGUCGGUGACCCCUUCUCUGACGACACCUUCCAGGGUCCUCAGGUCACCAAGGCACAGUACGACCGUGUCCUUUCGUACAUUGAGGCCGGCAAGUCCGAGGGCGCUACCCUCGUCGCUGGCGGUCAGCCCUUCAAGAACGUCGGCGACGGCCGUGGAUUCUUCAUUGCCCCGACCAUCUUCACAAACGUCAAAGAUAACAUGCGCAUCUACCGCGAGGAGGUCUUCGGUCCCUUCGUUGUCAUCUCCAGCUUCGUCACCGAGGAGGAGGCCAUCACCCGUGCCAACGAUACCACGUACGGUCUCGGUGCUGCCCUUUUCACCAAGGACAUUGAGCGUGCUCACCGUGCCGCCUCCGAGAUCGAGGCCGGUAUGGUGUGGAUCAACAGCAGCAAUGAUAGCGACUUCCGUGUUCCAUUCGGUGGUGUUAAGCAGAGUGGUAUUGGUCGUGAGCUUGGCGAGGCUGGUCUCGAGGCUUACUCCCAGGUUAAGGCUGUUCAUGUCAACAUGGGCUGCCGGCUGUAA